AUGCUGGAAGUUGGACCGCAGAACACACAUGAAGGGCUGAAUAAAAUUGAAACUCCGACGGAGAAAAAUGGGGCGCCAGUGCCGAAGCCAAGAACGAAGCCGCCUCAACGACAAUCACUAACAGAAAGCGAGAAUGCAUCCCCCAGAGUGGUAAUGCGGUGUCUUCAUGCACCCUCCGCCUACGAAGAGUUAGUCAAAAAGCUCCUAGAAUCAAGUGGAAAGCAGUACUCGCGAACCAAACGUCACAUGGACGAGGAGUGGAGAAUGGAAAGAGACACAUACGAGCUUUUUUACGAAAACGCAUCCGUUUUGCGAAACGAAUUCCUCGGUGGGAGCACAGUUAAGAUGUCCGACAAUAAAGGGACGUCAACACCUUCUACAAUGCGAAGUAUGUGGAAUGCCACAAAGAAAUCUGGUAAGGGUAUUAGUGGCAUGAAUAUGCACCAUCGCAUACAGUGGCUCUCCUCAUUGCAUAUCUCAAUCUGCUGUGAGUGGUUCGGCAAGGAGCCAAUCGGAAUCCACCGCUGGACAUCCGGUGGAAAUGAAGUCACACUCUCUUGGCAGCGUUUCUUUACCAACCUGACAACUAUUAACACAGAGACCCUUACUGUUGAGUCUAGUAUCGAGACGAAAGCAACACCUCGAUCCUCCGCCGACUUCUUCUGGAUCUCUGGUUCUACGCACACUUCCUUCUUCAUUCCUCCUGGUUUGGCGGAGAUAGAGUCUAUUGAAGCCUAUUUUGAUAUCUUUCACGAUCCCUUGGUCGAUUUACAGAAUGAUGCUGCAGCGGCGCGAUUUAGUGAUGCAGUGCCACAUGUCAUUAAAUUUGGUCAGCGCAUUUCUGAUACCUCAGAUGCGUCAUCUCAUACAGAGGGCGUUGAUCAGCAGAAAGAAGAAACACACGGCAUAUACAUUGCCCCAGAUAAUGAAUAUGACAAUCUCAGUGAAUACUCUUCCAGUGAUUUUGACACCGACAUCUCAGUGGAUGAGGAAGGAGAAUUUAUAGUUAGAACAGAGGAAGAAAAGAGACAAGCUAGAUUAAAGGCUAAAACAGGAAAUGGCGAAGAGCAACAGGAACCUCGGGUUUCCAUCGGGGACGAAGACACACUAAACGUUAGCUCCAUUACCUUAGAAGUGGGUUCUCAAAACCGUCCAACGCCAGCUAAGAGGACCAGGCGUCUCACUGUUAGACGAUUUGGACAUCUUCCGAGAGGUCUGAACACAGAAGGACUUUCGAGGCAACUGAUAAACGUCCGUUAUGCAUACGACCUCAUACCCUACGCUAAAACUCUUCGACGGAAGUACUGCUCUGAUAUCCUUGACCAGGAACAUCCGUUACCUGUCGGGACCCUCUUGAGAGAGGUGAUAAAGCGAGUGCCUCAAAUUUAUCCUCCAGACGGCGACUCCCCAGACAUAUCCACAGACAGUGGCAUAGAUGAAAGCCUUGUCGAGGCGACCACGGAGGGUGUCCUUAAGGGUUGUCCUGUAAUGGUCAAAACUCUGCUUCGUAAAAAUGGUACAGUGAUACCUGCUCACCGUGAAAUCUUUCCUUUGAUUCCCAACAUCAACCUCCGUGAAGAUCAGCCUAUUAUUAAGGCCUCGUCCAAUGUGAUUUUGGAAAAAUUUCUCUUUGAUUGUAAUAGAAAUAAGCUACCAAGGGAUGCAGCCCGUUACUUCUUAGAGACCAUUCUUCCUGUCUCUUCAAUAACUCCAGAAGACUUCGACGACAAGGAAUUAAGGGAAGAUGAUGGCACAAGCAUGGGUUUAUCGGCACUUCUGCAGAAGCUUCGUAAAGCCCAACCCGAAGUGAUUCCAUAUCAGUCGACGUUAAACAAUGUGUCGGCCAGUAGACUUGCUCGGCGGCAGAAUCCCUACUUCCGCCAGGCAAUACUGCACAACGCUUCACGGAAAUCGAGAGGUAGUAAGAAAGACUGUCACGAAUGGAUACGACCCCCGCAGGUGGACCAAACCCGGUUUGCGGUAAAGCCAUCCGGCAUACCUGUCCGUUGUGUAUUCUUGCCUCCGCCGAAGAACUUCCAUUUCUCAAUGAUAACCCAAAUGGAGGAGCUGUUGGACAAGAACCACCCUCUCCUAGUAAGCAUGAUGGUGCGUAUCUGGCAGUCAGUUCGACCAAGUAAUGCUUGGGUUGUAGAAACUGACAAAAUGACUCUGGAUUAUGCUCUUAAUAGGCUGACACUUGACCUUCUUAGGUAUCGUCAUGUUGCGGGCCACUGUAUUCGUUUCAAGGCACUGUCGGUUCUCCAUUCCUCACAUCGUAAUCGUCAUCUGCGAAACCAAAUGAUAGCAUCUGCGGCCCACCCGGGCAAUUGGUUAGACCAACUUCUUCGGGCUGGCCUAUCCACCUAUUCUUCGUGCCGAUUUGAGGCAGCAUUAUGCCUUUUAGGUUUGGUCACCGAUGAGGACCUCAUGGGAAGGAUUUACAUGAAGGGUGCACGCCCUCUAAUUUCGGACAUAUUUGUGUCACUAUUCCUGCUGGCAGACAUGUUUGAGGACACAUCUACGGCUUUCUUUGUUGUGAUGACGUACAUGGUGUGCCACAACGAACACCGAGUUCUCUUGGAGACCAUACUGAAGUGUGGCCCAAAGGCAAAAUCACAGCUUCUGAUUGCGCGGUGGCCCUAUCUGGUGGCUUUCGCGUAUACCUACUGGUCGAGACGACGUCUGCUGAGUUUCACUAUGCGUGAAAGUCUACUGGUUGGGAUUUUGAAUGAGGCAUGGCGGAAUCCAGUUUCGAGGAGAGCCGCUCGAGAGGCCAUGAAGGGGAUUCGGGACUUUGUCGAAUCGCUGUCUCCCUUCAUGACUCAAUGGCCCAACAGACAAAAGAGGACUCCAAUGGUGCAUAUGAACUAA